UUUUUUUGGAUUUAUAUAUCAAAAAAUUGGAUACAUGUGAUCAUUUGGUAAUCAAAUCAAUUUAUUAUUCAAUUGUUUUUUGUUUGUUUAUUUGUAUUGAUACAAUAUAUAUAUAAUCUAUCAAAAUGUCUAUCGUACAACAAGUUAUUCGAUCAAAUUGGCUUCAGCGAGAGACUAUUCGAAUUUGUCGACAAACUAUUAAUCCAUUUUUAUUGGAAUUACAACAUUAUCGUUAUCAAUCAACAAAUCCUGUCAAAUAUGAUGAUGAAACAUUAAAACAAAUGAUUAAAAAUGAUAAAGUAGUCAUAUUUAUGAAAGGUGUACCUGAAUCACCACGAUGUGGUUUUUCCAAUGCUGUCGUACAGGUUUUACGUAUGCAUGGUGUACCAUUUGAAGCGCACAAUGUACUCGAAUCAGAUGAAUUACGUAAAGCGAUAAAAGAUUUUACUAGUUGGCCAACAAUACCACAAAUUUUUUUAAACGGUGAAUUCAUUGGUGGUUGUGAUAUAUUAUUGGAAAAACAUCAAAAUGGUGAAUUUAUUGAAGAUCUGAAAAAAAUCGGUAUCAAAUCUCAUAUUCUUGUCCAAAUGGAAGAAGAUUCGAAAAAUAAAAAAGAUUAACAGAUAUUUGAUAUUAUCAUGUUCACAAUGUUUUCUUUUUUUUCAAAUCUUUAUUUUUUACAUAUGACUAUUACACAAAAAAAAAUCAUGAAAUAAUAA